GAACCGGAAAUUUCCCACCACGUGUGCAAGUUGCUAGUCUGUUUACUUUUCAUUGCAAGGCAAUUCAACUUUGUGUGCAACUGUACAGCAUGAGAAAACGAACUAUUGUGAAACCCAAAGCAGUGACUGACGCUGGAAGUGGGUCAGUACAAAAAGAAGAUAAUUUUUCAAAGUCUAGAGGUGACCAGGUAAGCAAUGGAGGGGGUGGUGGAGGGUUUGGUAAGCGCCUCCUGAAGGCUGUACAGAUCCUGAUACUGGUUACACUUGUACCACCAUUCCUUAACUAUGCAGCUUUGCAGAAGGAAGCAACAGAACUCAAACCAGUUCAUGGACAGCUAUAUGAUAUUGCAUGGGGACAGAAAAUAUUCAAAAUGUGUCAUGGAAAAGGACCUCCUACAGUGAUAUUGGAUGCACCUACAGGUAUGACAUCAGAUGUGUGGGAGUUAGUUUGGCCUAAAAUAGCCAAAAUUUCAAGGGUGUGUGUUUAUGACAGAGCAGGUCUGGGCUUCAGUGAACGACCAGUAAUGAAUUAUUCUCAGACAGAUGGACAGGAUGCUAAGAGUAAUGCUAGGAACAGGUGGCAUCCUUUCACAGUAGAAAGAAUGGCAGAUGAUUUAAACAAAUUAAUAACAACAAGCAGUCAGGAAGGACAACCCUUUAUCUUAGUUGGAGCAGAGUUAGGGGCCCUUGUUGCACAAUUUUACACUCAAAUGUUUGACAAUCAAGUUGCAGGAAUGUUGCUGAUAAAUCCCUUGUCAGAUGACCUGUUUGAACGAGAUUCUGGUUCUUGGAAAGCACAUUGGUUUGGUAAUUUAAUUCCAAGUUUUCAGAGCAUGCAGCUAGGUGCAGCUCUUGGUUUGGUUCGAUUAGCGUUACUGGUGGGACUGAUAAAUCAGCCAUUAACAGGAACAAAUAUACCUGAGGAUGUCAUCAACAGACAGAAACAUUUUCUCUGUCAUCCAAAACACCUAAGCUCUGUAGUGGAUGAAUAUCAUUUUAUGAAUGAAUCAUUUUCACAAAUCAGGACAAUGAGGAUGUUAAAAGCAGUUCCAAGUAAUGUAUCAGUCACAGUAUUAAGUGGAAAUUAUUAUGAUGAAUUAAUGCCAAGCCAUUUAAACAAGGCAUGGGCCAAGUCGGAGCAGAAUUUACUGACAAAAUACUAUCCUCGAGCCAAGCACAUAGUGAUAAACAGUUCAGAUAGACAUAUGUUGUAUAGAAAUCCAGACGCUAUUUCAGAGCAAGUGAUUAAGAUGAUAAAGCAAGUUAGAAACAAAUUAAGAAUUAAAAGUAGUUAGUAUCUUGCAA